AUGCAACAACCGCGAACCUAUCCACCGCCACCAUCAAAUCCACCACCGGAGACCUCUCUCCCUUCAACAACAAACCCAAUCAUCGACGAAGCCACCACAUCACACUGUCCUCCUCCAUCACUGGUGAACGCAAACCAUCGACUUCCAUUUCCGUCUGCGUUUCCAUUGAAAAUCAUGCCCACCAAAUCGAAAAACCACCCUCGCUGUUUGCCGUCUUCAACAUUACAAACCCAUUCACCUUCAUCAACUCACCCUCCGCCGCCAACAUCGCUUCACCUGUUUCGUAAUAAUUCUACAACUUUGAUAUAUUACCGCUUUUCGAUCCUUAUAUACAGUACUUUGAUUUCGUCGUCGCUGUGA